AUGGCUUCAGAGCACCUCAGCCAGGAAGAGCAUUGGCUGACUCUCCAUGCCGCGCACCUCCAGUUCUUCGACAAGCUCGGCCAUCUGUUCAACCACAGAAAAGGCAGCGACCAUGGAGCCAUAUACCUAACACAAAAACGCCGUAAGACAACGCCCGAUCCCUCGUCAAGAGAAACCUCUCUUCUCCCUUCUAAUUUCUCACCAAAAAAACAAACAGUCACAUACGACCCCAACGAAAAGUCAACAAUGGCAAAGCUCUUUCCCGACCUCCUCCCCAACAAGCCCCUCCCCAUCAUCAUCCGCGCAACAAACGGCAAAUCCAAGCGCGACCGCUCCGACAAGGACAAGCUCUCCACCGUCGUCCAGCCCCACGAGCUCGAGGCCUUUUACGUCCGCUACGCCGACGUCUGCAAGGCCGGCAUGACCACGCUCAAGCCCAGGGACAAGAGCAAGAAGAAGGCAAAGGCGAAGAAGAAGAAGGCUACCGCAUAA